GUCUUUGACUCCACUUUUUUUUCUUAUUUUUUUUUCUCAGCUUUCAAAUCCCGAGAAAUUUGAAAAUUUCACCAAUUUUUCUCCAUAAAUCCCUGUUCGCAAGCUCCAGAGAUCACACCAAUGCGUCUCGGUUUUGCAGGUUUUCCUUUCAUGUAGAGGCUGAGGACUUUGCAAAAUGGGACUCAUUUUAAAGAUGCUCUGAGUCCGCUGAAUGCUCAUCCAGUAAUUGGUCAGACGAGAGGUCACAGUUUGAUGAAUAUUGAUCUGCGUUUAGCUUCCACCUCAUAUUCAAACUGCCCGUCUGUCCUUUGUUGGGCCACUUCAGAAGUAUAAAGAUUAGUUAAAAGAAGGCAAUUGAGAUGUCCAAUAAUGAAGAUACCACAAACAAGGAAACUUCUAGCAACAGAAGUGAUGCAUCAACUGUACCGAAACUCCAGGGAAACUGGAGCGAUACUCUAGUUAGCUUAGCAAAACAAGCUUCAGUGUAUGGAGUGGCUGCUGGUUAUUGCAUAUCAGCAUCACUUCUUUCCAUCAUCAACAAAUGGGCAAUAAUGAAAUUCCCAUACCCAGGAGCCCUUACAGCCUUGCAAUACUUCACAAGUGCAUUCGGUGUCUUGCUAUGCGGGUCAUUAAAAAUAUUAGACCAUGACCCCAUCAAUCUUAAAACUAUGUGGAAGUUCUUGCCUGCUGCUAUAAUGUUCUACCUCUCUCUCUUCACCAACAGCGAGCUCCUCCUCCAUGCCAAUGUCGAUACAUUUAUCGUCUUCAGAUCUGCGGUUCCCAUAUUUGUAGCCAUCGGAGAGACACUCUACUUAAAGCAGCCAUGGCCAUCACUAUACACAUGGCUUUCACUGGGCACCAUCUUUGGUGGAAGUGUUCUCUAUGUCAUCACAGAUUAUCAGUUCACUGUGACAGCAUACAGCUGGGCAGCGGCGUAUCUUGUGAGCAUGUCGAUCGAUUUCGUGUACAUCAAACACGUGGUCAUGACCAUCGGGCUCAACACUUGGGGAUUGGUGCUCUACAACAAUCUGGAGGCCUUAAUGUUGUUUCCACUCGAGCUGCUGAUAAUGGGGGAGCUGAGCAAGAUAAAGCAUGAGAUUUCUGACGAGUCCGAUUGGUACUCUUUCAGUGUGGUUCUGCCUGUGGCGCUCUCUUGCUUGUUCGGUCUUGCAAUAUCUUUCUUCGGGUUCUCUUGUCGACGAGCUAUAUCAGCCACUGGGUUUACCGUGCUCGGGAUAGUAAACAAACUUCUGACUGUGGUGAUUAAUUUGGUCAUAUGGGACAAGCAUUCGACAUUGAUAGGAACUGUAGGCCUGUUGAUAUGCAUGUUUGGAGGUGUUCUUUACCAGCAAUCUACAAUUAAGCCGAAGCCAACAGUGUCGGAGACCAAAACUCAAGACGUCGUCGACAAUGAGGAAGAGCAACAUUUACUUGAAAUGCAGCCUUCAUCAGAAUCCAACCAGAGUGAAAAACUAGCUCUUGUUUCAGAGAAACCAAAAUGAAACUCAUUUUGAAGAAGAUGUUGCCAGCAUUAACAUCUACAUGCAUUCAAGUAUGAUUUCACUAGAGUUAUUUGCCAUCUUUGUUAUUUUUUUUUUUCAAUGCAAACCCAUUGAAAUGUUUCUCAAGAUUUAAUAAAGUGAAAGUUUUAUGUCA